AUGAGUAUAUUGUUAGAGGGUUGGAGAGAAAAGUUAGAGGAUAGAGGAUGCAGGAUCAGCAGACUGAAGACGGAAUGCAUGAAAUGCCACUUCGGAGAGGAGGAUGAGCAGGAGGUGGAUUUGGAAAUAGACCUAGAGGUACUCAGAGAGAAUGAUAUCUUCACGUACCUAGGGUCUAUGGUGCAACAUGAUGGAGGGGUGGAAGCAGAGAUUACAAAUAUGAUACAAAGUGGAUGGAGGAAUUGGAGGAAGUGGAGCAGAGACCUGGGCAAACACCAAGAGAGAAAGGAGCGCCUGGAUGUGAACGAAAUGAGAAUGCUGCGAUGGACUCGCGGGGUGACAAUAAGGGACAGGGUGUCUAACCGCCACUUUAGAAUCUCUACACCGACCCCGUAUAGUCGGGAAAAGCUUGUAGAAGAACAUCUAGAUAUGCAGAAUUUGCCCACAGAGGGGGCUCUUGGACUCGUGUGGUCGGUCACCACAGAUAGCUUCGAGUUCAAAAGAAAUAUAAGAGAUAGAGAGGAAAAUGGAAGAGGAACGCUGUCAAUGGUUGGUUCCUAG